GGGCGCUGGAUUCCUCUUCAACUUCCUCCUCUGUGCCAAAACGCCACUGUUCAGUGGAGCUGAAGACUUUGGAGAAAGCAUCUUGGAACGGCACACAGGGAAGCAUAACGAUGAGUUCGGCCUUGUGGCAGCGGAGGCCGCUGGGUGUCUCGUGCCAAUUUGAAAGCGGGUUGAAUCUCAAGGCUGGGGUGUUUCCCACCAGAUCUCCACCUAGCCAGUUCCUACUGGGAGCUUUAAGACUGCAUUCUGCUGGCCUCAGCACUUGGAUCUGGAUGUCCCGGGGGAAGCUAUCAGGGAGCAGAAAUCGGCUCUGGGCCCAGUCUUGGUGCUCGGCUGGCAGGAGGAAAGGAGAGAAGACGGAGCCAUGACAGAGGACAAUGGCCGGGUCCGGCUUCAAAAGGACGCCGCUGCCACUCCAGGGUCCUUGCGGCACAGAUCCGCGCGCGUGAGAAACACGGACGACACAGCCAGCUUUCUCUGCUAUCAACCGCAGAGCCUCGGCCAUUGCGGGGAGGAAGAACGCGUUUCCUUAGCAGCACCGGGAGAGAAAUCCACUCGGCAUGGUGGAAAAAGUAAGAGCAGCUCAGGAGGGGGAUCAGAGCCUUACAGAGGGAGGGUGAAGCUUCGAAGUUGUGCAAGAGAACUCGGGCGAAGGAGGCACGUGGGGAUGAUCCCCACACACCCCUGGGAUCUGUUCGCUUAGCUGGAAAGAGCAGGUGCAAAACUCACGGAGAUCCCCUUCUCCUGGGCGCCCUGCGCGAACAGAGGGCAAAGUCCUAAGGUUUCGAAAGCGCGCGAGUCAGCGGCUGCAGCCGGAAUCAGAACGGAGCCGAGCGAGCAAGGUCAGGUGGGCCAAAGAUCCCGCUCCUAUUGGCUGCUCUGCCCGGGCAAGCGAGCCGCGGUUGGCUGCAGCGGCUCGUGCUGCGGACGUCCUCCGCGAUUGGCUGCUUGCGGCUCAGCAGGAAGAUUUCCUGGCAGGAUCGGGAGCUGGUUGGUUGGGGCGGGGGCGGGGCUAGGGGGAGAGCCGCCCAAGUAAAGCGAAGCUCGCCGCGGCACAAAGCCGUGAUUUCAUAGGAUUGUGGAGUUGGGUGGGAGCCAUGGGGGGUCAUCUAGUCCAACCCCCUGCAACGCAGGAAUUUUUUACUCAGGAGUAAAAAAAAGCACAUAUAUUUGCCAUGCCCUUAAACAGGCUUCCUCAGACUCGGCCCUCCAGAUGUUUUGAUACUGCAGUUCCCAUCAUCCCUGACCACUGGUCCUUCUAGCUAGAGAUCAUGGGAGUUGACGGCCAAAAACAUCUGGAGGGCCAGUUUGAGGAAGCCUGCCUUAAAGCCUUCUUGUUCCUUGUGUCACAAAUGGGUUAAGUAAAGGGGGGGGGAUUUAACUGGCUGCCUUUGCUCUCUUAUGGGAGAGGCUGGAUGGCAGCCUAUCACGGCUGCAUCAGUGAGGUUCCUGCCUUGCAGAGGGCUGGACUCGACUAGAAGACCCUCAGAAGUCCCUCCCUUCCAACUCUGCGAUUCUGCCAUCAUCCCACAGGUGGUGCAAGUAGACUUAAACUACUCUUGAAUUUGUUGAAAAUAAAUUAAAUUUAUAAUCAUACACAGGUUUAUUUAAUAUUUUUUCUAAAUCUACUACCUCUGUGAAUUUUGACUUUGCCCACAAAACUGCAUAGAACAGUACUAUAUUCUCCAGAAAUUUUUAAUGGUUUAGUUAAUGAUGCUAUCACUGAGUAAACGUUUGUCUUUUCAUAGAAUUGUAGACUUGGAAGGGACCCUAAGGAUCAUCUAGUCCAACCCCCUGCAAUGCAGGAAUAUGCAGCUGCCCCAUAUGGGUUUCGAACCUGCAACCUUAGCAUUAUCAGCACCACACUCUAACCGAGCUAUCCAGCCAUCAGAUUUAGAGUCUUUCUACCCCUUUAAUUUUACAGAAAACAGGCUAUAGUACUGUUGUACUGAUAAUGUUUAAAGUAGCACAACCGUUGUAGCAAUAUGUUAAAGGUUACAUAGAAAAUUAUCAGUUUCAGAGUCAGACUCAUAAGUAGUAGCAGUUGCCAGGACAUCACCAUUUUUGCCUCUACAUAGCUUCAGACAUUAUUGAAAUAUCGCAAUGUUUAUUUUGAUGUUGAAAAGCAGGUAUUGCCCAGCCCUAAUACUGAUACAUCGCCCAGGCCUAACAGCCAUGAUUCCCUCCUCAGGGACAAUAUUCGGCAGUCCUUUCCUCUUCACAAAUUCUCUGGCCACACCUGCAGCCCAGGAAGUUCCCUUGCUCACAUCCACGACUGAUGCUUCCCUGAUGUUAACCCUUGAGAGCCAAGCACACAGUGGGUGGGGUUGAAUCUACCAGUGCUGCAGGACAGCUCCCCAUGCAACAGCUUUCUGACUGUCAAACACAAUAAAUCGAGAGCGAGCUGUCGCGGGGUCCAGCAUCACAUUCUCAUCUAUCCACUUUUGUUCAGUCAAAGUCUCUCUCAACUUCCUUAGUUCACCUUGCAGCGAUACACUCUCUCUUUGGAGAAUUCCUGAUGCACUGCACUGAGCUCUGAAGAACCGGGUGGAGCCGGAAACUGAAAUUUGCCCCUAAUGCACCUGUUAUUUCCAAUAUCCUGCAGCAGCCCAGCUAGAAACUCCUGACACUUCGGCUCCAGCUCAUUGAUUAGGGUGCUGAUAGGGGAAAUCUCAAAAGGGACGCAGGUGGCGCUGUGGGUUAAACCACAGAGCCUAGGACUUGCCAAUCAGAAGGUUGGCGGUUCGAAUCCCCGUGACGGGGUGAGCUCCCAUUGCUCGGUCCCUGCUCCUGCCAACCUAGCAGUUUGAAAGCACGUCAAAGUACAAGUAGAUAAAUAGGUACCGCUCCAGCGGGAAGGUAAAUGGCAUUUCCGUGUGCUGCUCUGGUUCGCCAGAAGCGGCUUAGUCAUGCUGGCCACAUGACCCGGAAGCUGUAUGCCGGCUCCCUCGGCCAGUAAAGUGAGAUGAGCGCCGCAAUCCCAGAGUCGGCCACGACUGGACCUAAUGGUCAGGGGUCCCUUUACCUUUACCUAGGGGAAAUCUCAGAAAAUUAAGCCACAUAGCUCUUCUUCCUCCUUCCCAAUCCAGCUGGGUUAACAGUUGUUUUUCUUUCUCAAGAAACUGGUGGAGCUUCUCCAAUUCCAACACAAGCUUUUGCUUCUCAGCUUCGGUUUUUGCCAGAUCCUAGCUUGGCUUCCCUACAUGUAAUUUAAAUGACAAAAUCUUGUCUCUCUCUUCUUCCAGAGUUUGCAAACAGCGAUGUAUUUUCUCCUGGUGAACUGGAGCAGCUUUCUCUAUAGGAAUCAUGCUGUGAUCUUUAUGCACCCUGGACCUGUUGCAAACCACGCAGAUGGAUGUUUGAUCAUUUUUCGCAAAGCUUCAAGGGUUCCUGGUGUCUCUUGCACAGCUUUUGUUCUGCUUUGCUUGCCGCAUGCCACACUGCAUGGCAAACUCUCUGAUACUACACGGGUGCCUGAUGGGCUGGAGGUUCAGCCAGGGAAAGCGCUUUCUGCAAUGCAGGCAGGCAGAACACAUUUGCACUAGGCCUUUCGCAGCACUGGGCAAUGUGGUCCCAGCAGAAAUUGUGCCCGCAGUCUAUGGC